AUGGCGGGACGUCGAAAUCGGCGAAGCGCCAGCCUAAAGGAGCAUGCUGGCAAACCCACCAUCGCACGGGGCCAAUGGGAUCGCCUCAUUCAUCAAUGCUGUACGACAGAGCCGGAUUUGCUGCAGGAAGCCGACUUGAUGCAAAUCCGCGCCGUCUUGCCCCAGACACGAGGACCGUACCACUUUCAGCUCUGGCGCGGCUCAACAACGUCGGCUGAGCAAACCCCUGCCCUGGCCGCCUUCAAAGGUCUCUGUGCUAAAGAGUUACCAGGCCUCAAGGCUGGAGGCCAUCUUCACCACCUCGUCUUCACUUUCCGCCAGACCUUGACCCUGCUUGCACUCAAGGAUGCCGAGGUGGUUGCCGGCGCCCUCUUCAUCCUGGCCCGCUACGGCACUGGGGCAACUGUGGCCAACGUUCUAGCCAUUGCGGUGCGAGAUGACCCAGCCUACCGUCGACAUGGCCUUGCCACUACCCUCAUCCAAGCCAUCUCCGUCGCCGCUGUGGACAUCACGCCCGAGGGCGGUGUUGUCGCCCUCGUUACCCAAUCUGACGCGGAUAAAACCGCCCUCGCCUUUUGGAAGCAACAAAACCUCCGGCAAAGCCGGCGCGCCCAAGAACUCGCACAUGCCUUGGGUACCCAAAAGCACAGCUCCGCCUCUUACGAAGGCGCCGUUCCCAUGCUCUGCAUCCUUACCCGCGCUCAGAUCGUGCCGACCCACGAUAGCAUUUGCGCAAAGCUUCGUCCGCCUGAGCCUCGCCGGUACGCAAGCAAACCCAAGCACCCUUGCGCUGCACUGCCUUGUCUCGAUGCCACACUCAUCUCUCUGUCUCUCUGUCUCGCUGUCCCCGUCUCUUCAAAAUCUCCAUGCUCAAUCCCGAGCAGCUCUGCCCCCAGGCUCGAUACUCGGUCUGUCAAUUGCCUAUGCAAUGCCAUGGGCGCCUGGUCGGCCGAAGGCCUCAUCACCUGCAGUCUUUGUGGCACCAACCUUCAUCGUGCAUGUGUUGAAAAGUCCGAUCCUUCCGCCCUGUUAGCCACAGAUUUCCUUUGCCACCUGUGUCGUGGUCAGCGUCGCCGCUCCGCGCCUGCCUUUGACAUGAGUGACCUGCCUCUAUCUACAUCAGUGCUUUUUCCGGAGACACCGGCGUCGCCGCCAAUCGUUCUUGACCAAGAGUCGGACAUCGGCUCAGACGCGGGCUCGCGUCGUGACACAGCAGGACCAUCCCCGACUCAACCUUCGCCCUCCGCAGAUUUGGAAUCAUCUGCUGUGCAAAUUUCCCCCUCGUCCUCCCACGGGCCAGCUGGGCCUGAUCCGCCCACUCUGGCAUCCCCGCCAAGCUUGUUUCAGACGAUGUCGCCAUCCAGGCCCUCCUCACAGUCUGAUUCGACCACUUUUGUUUGCCCUUAUUGUUCUGACAAAAGCUUUGAAUGCCACAGCAGCCGCGGCCUGACGAUGCACUUGCGCCAUCGCCACCCCGAGCUCUUGGCUUGUCCGUGUGGCCAGAGCUUUCGGUUCUCUCGAGACCUAAAAAGUCACAAGGAGCUCUGCCCCGCUGUGCUGAAGCGAAAUGACCUCCUCCGCUGUGAAUGCGGUCGUCCUUUCCGCAACGCGCGGGCACUUGGUGCUCACCGGCGCUCUUGUGCGUGCAAUGUCGGAAACGUGGGCAUCUCUCCGGCCCAAACGAACAGGGUUGCACCCCGGUCCGAGCAACACGCGAAUACCCCGAUCGACAAGGGCUCGUCCGGCAAGGUAGCGCAUGUUCAAGCUCACGUGUCAUUGGUGAAGAGCAAGUCAGCCAGUCAACGGCAUCCUGUUCCCGUGGCUACGGGGGCUGGCACAGGACUUGUUCGGUGCGCGUGUAAUCGUCUGUUUCGUAGCACGCGUGCCCUGUCUGGGCACCAGCGAGCUUGCCCUGCUCGCCAACCUCAUUUUGAUGAAAGCAAGCGCGACAAAGUUGCAAGCCAGCUGAACAUGUUUACUACGACUGCGGGCGAAGCGACCGCCCGCGCACCCGUUGACCAUGAUGACCCAGGCCCUGGCGACAGCGAUGGUGAGGAUGAGGAUGAGGAUGAGGAUGAGGAUGAGGAUGAGGACGAACAUGACAACGAACAUGACAACGAACAUGAUGAUGAUGGCCUUUUAUCAUCUUCUGACGCAAGUGGCAACGAAGCGAAUGUUGCAAGUCCCACACAUGUUUGGCAUACGCUGCCUUCUUCCCCUUCCAGUUCGGCCAUGCCUGCAGCCCAGAGCGCGGCCUCAGCCGCUCAACCGGUUGCUCAAAUGGCGGCAGACACGACCCACGUGUGCCCAUGCGGGCGCGCUUAUGCUCAGGUCACAAACUUUCUCCAGCACCAAGUCUCGUGUCCGGUGGUGCGCCGACAGCCACACCACCGAGCAACGGUGUCGCAAACGACUGACGUCAAAUGUACAUGCGGCUCCAGCUUCUCUUCCUUGCGUGCUCUCAAUGUACAUCGGUCACGUAAAGGCUGCAAAAGGCCCGCCUCCCCACGCAUACCUGCGCCCAUUGCUGGUGACAGCGAUGGUGAUGGUGAUCAGGGUAGCCUCGGCUCGAGUGACGAGGAGGUUGGUCAUCUCCCUGACAAUGUCAGCAACUGCGUCAGUGGCCACAGCUAUCUGGAUGAAGAUGACGCCGAGCUAGCACAGUGCUGCCAGCCCAAGCCGCUCAUUGCGGCGCGCCCAGUUGCCAGCCGAGCUGAGCCAACCCAUGCCGUGGCUACACGCAACGACAUGGCGAUGGAUGAUUGUGAGAUUAUUAGUGAUAGCGACUCGGACGAAUCGGCGCCAAUUCUGGCGCCAACCACCCCCGCCAACCUCAAACAAGAAAUUGUUCGAGCUGCUGUCGUCACCGCCCCUCGGCACGGUCCUACCAUGAAACCUUCCUUGCCAACAAGCGCACCAGAGCUUGUGCCAGAUCAGCAAGGUCCGAAAAGUCAAUUUGAGUGCCAAGACGCACUACCUGGGGAACCUCUGGUUCAUACCAAUGGCCACACGCUCUCUCAUCCUGAUUCAGACAUUCUAGUUUCUAAAGAGCGGUUCCAAAAUUGCUCACCCCACAGCGCCAUGACGCUGUCGUUAACGGCACAAACCCUGGACCUGCUACAUGGACCGCCGCCACCCAAGCGUCCCGCACUUAAAAGUACCAGUAGCACGCGAGCGCUUGUGGCUGCGCCGAGCGCGCGCUUGCGUCUGCAGCCCUGCGAUCACGAUAUCUGGCCAAGUCUUCCAGCAGCCCAUCAUGUGCACAAGAGAUCGCUUCAGGCCGUGCUUGGCGCCAUUGCCCGAGAUCUACGUACUCAGUCUGGGAGUCUCGAGCCGGGCUGGCACACCGCAGGCAUGGUGCACACCCCCAUUGAGUUGGAUGCAGCCCCGCAAGCAUGGCUUGAUUAUACAUAUCGACUGUUCUCUUGCCACUUGGUCUGUAAAAACGAGUUGAUCCAACGCAAAGAGUGCAUCUUCAUCGCUGCAAGCCUGCCUCAUACGCGCUUGAACUUCAAGCUCACCCAUCUGUUAAGCACAUGCAAGACCACACACCGAGAUGAGUUAUGA